UUGCAAUUUAAAAGGAAGUAAUUAAAUUUAAAAGGGAAAAAGUCGUUUCGGCCAUCAAGCAACGUCACUUCCGGGAUGCAGGGGUGAGCAAAAUGACAGCUGGUUGUUUUCAUCAACAAGGGAAAUUCAAAGUAGACAUUAAAGUGUCAUGUGGUGAACACUUUCCAAGUCCCCCCUUUUCUGGCCUGUACAGACCAAAUCCUGACAACUGACCAAAGAGAAACCAACAUUUCUUCUGGGGACGCCUGUCAGCCCAUUCAGUCACUCUGGAGUAAGACAAUACUGACAAUGCUAUAGAGCCUGCCUUUCAUCUCCCAAAUAGACAGCUUUGUCUUGUGUAAAGACCUUCAGUACAGAAACAGAGGGCAACAGUGAACAGUGAUACUGGUCAAAUCAAAGGAAACGUCUCUUCAGCUGAGGGGGAGGCUGUUCAACGGGACGGAGCCAUGGAGCCGCCGGAGGAUAAAGAUGGUCGCACCUUUGUGGAGGUGAUCAGUGAAAAGUAUAGCCCGGAGAAUUUUCCGUACCGCAGAGGACCUGGUAUGGGGGUGGUGGUCGUGCCCACUGCAGGUCCUCAAGGUUCCCCUAUGAAAGACCGUCUGAACCUGCCCAGUGUGCUGGUGUUGAAUAGCUGCGGGAUCAGCAGGGCAGGAGACCAGACUGAGAUUGCUGCUUUCUGUUCCCAUGUCAUGGAGCUGGACCUGUCCCAUAACAAGCUGCAGGACUGGCAUGAGAUUAGUAAAAUUGUGUCCAACAUCCCUAACCUGGAGUUCCUGAACCUGAGCUCCAACCCCCUAGCAGGAAUGCCUCUCGAGCCGCGGUGUGCCGAAGCCUUUUCCCGGGUCCGACGCCUUGUCCUCAACAACACUCAAGUGUCCUGGGACACCGUGCUGCUGCUCACUCGGGAGAUAACUGAGCUGGAGGAGUUGUUCCUGUGCCUUAAUGAGUACAGUAGUGUGAGUGCCUCCAGCGUGGCCUGCCCCACCCUGCGCCUGCUUCACAUCACCGACAACAGCCUCCAGGACUGGGCCGAAGUCCGCAAGUUUGGCACCAUGUUCCCCGGCUUGGACACUCUGAUCAUGGCCAACAACAACUUGGCAUCCAUUCAGGACAACAAAGAUAUUCUGCAACGACUCUUCCCCAAACUACGCAGCAUUAACCUUCAUAACUCAGGUCUAAACCGAUGGGAAGACAUUGAGAAGUUGAACUUCUUCCCCAAGUUGGAGGAGGUGCGACUGCAGGGCAUUCCCUUACUGCAGACCUACACCAAUGCAGAGCGACGCAGCCUCAUGAUAGCACAGCUUCCUGCAAUAUCACUACUAAAUGGUAGCGUUGUGACUGACAGUGAGAGAGAAGACGCAGAGAGGUUCUUCAUCCGUUACUACUUAGACUACCCUGAGGAGGAGUUGCCUUACAGAUAUCAUUCCCUGGUAACCAAGUAUGGGAAGCUGGAACCACUUGCCGAGAUCGACCUCCGACCUCGCUGCCAUGCCCAGGUGGAGGUUCACUGUGAAGAAAAAGUGGAACAGCUGAGCAUCCGUUUGGACCAGACAGUAGCUGAGCUGAAGAAGCAGCUGACAACAGUGGUCCAGCUGUCCACCAACAGCAUGAGGCUCUACUACAUUGACAAGUGUAGUGCUUUUGGUCCAGAGGAAAUGAAGUACAACACCCGGGCUCUCCACUCCUACAGCAUUCAAGACGGUGAUGAAAUACUAGUGGUACCCAAGACCAAAUGAACAGCGGGUAUCAAACUGGCUGAUUAGCGUGACUCCUUGAUUGAUUGAUUCACUGGAUUAUCUGUAACUGACAUUGCAAAAUUAUUGGAAUACACAUAUGGAAAGGCAGUGGGCCACUUGCUGACAGAAAUUAAAACAAGAAAAGAUGAAAGUGAUGUGAACACCAUCAUGGCAACUGUACAGUUGACUUCAGUGGGCUGCUGGGAGGCUCUGGAGUCUGGAGAGUUUUGUGUCUUUAUUUAUUUCAGCUUUAUAUGAGGGCAUCCACUGGAGUUAGUGCACAAAUCUGUUGCAGUGGAGAACUGGCCAAGAGAGCAACUUGCAGUCAGCUAGCAGCUUAAGUCGAGAGGAGGGUGCUGCUGUACCAGCACAGCUUCGCUGCAGCUCUGUCUCUUAGUACAUGGCAUGUACCAUAGCACCUGCAUAGGCAAGUAUCAAACACCACUGGCUUGCCCACUUCAUCGCAACAGCUACCCUUAUUAGCGGUGAGGCAGUGCUGCUAAAUGGAGAGGGACUGCUGUUCUCAUCUGCACUUUUACCAUGGGUACACAAUAUCAGGAAGAGCAGUGUCUGUUAAAGGAAAAAUCCUGCCUAAAUCCUGCUAAAUACAGAGGUUGGGGAAAAACUAGCAAUUGUUAGUUGAUGUUUUCCUUUGUAUUUCUGUGGAUAAAUGGCAACUUCAGACAUGCUACAUCACAUUCAGUAUUGUUUUACAAAAAGAGCAAGGGAUUCUUUCUAUACAUGACAUUCAACAAUCUGUGUGAAAUUUACUAUAAAAAUAAAUCCUUAUAGAUCCUCUCCAGACAUGUUGAAAGACAGUACUUUGCUUUAAAACGCAACUUGUCUGAUAGCUCUUUCCGCUAGAGAAUUCUUCAAAUCAAAUCUACUUUCUCCCUCACUGAAAAAUCCACAAUUUCUAAAUAUGCAAAUACUGUUCAGAAUUUCUUCUGCUGACAAGUCCACUCUCAGUGUAUGUGCACUGGAGGCUUCAAAUUUCCACACUACACUUGUGUAAAUUGCGUACUGGACCAUGAUUGGCUUCCAAACUAGUUGUGAUGUCAGAAAAUCAUCCUGUAUGUACACUACGCACAUCAAACUGAGAUUCAAGGUAAGCAAUUGUGAAUGAAUAUGAAAACAGUUUUCUAAUGUUAAACUCUGCACAACAGUUAAAUGAAGUAAGAAGAAAAAAAACAUUUCUGGGUGAAGGGAGACUUUAAAAAGAAAUGUUGUAUUAAAAGGAAAAUUGCACCUCUUUAUAGUAAAAUGGCUUCAGGAGUGCAGUGAUCAUAAGCCAAUGAUAUACUACAGUGUUUUCUUCAUCACUGACCAAAGUCUAAUGUUACUGUGUACACAUAUGUGUACACUCACACAGACCCACACACAAUACCACAAAGCAGCUGUUGUGUCAUGUUAUGUGCUGCCCCCUACAGGCUUCAUCUGUGUGUCAAAUAUCAAUUGUGCUGUGCCACUAUCAUAUUCUCACUAGAUGAGGUUCCUUGUGAGGAAAGAAGUGACACACACACACACCAGGGUACCUGAAAGACAAUCUCUAUGGCAUAUUGUCUACAUUUGAAAUACUGUUGUUUAUAGUCAUACCAUCUUUCUUCAUUCUGGGGAGCAAGACAAGUUUGUGAUUUUUUUUCAUUACUUUGUAUGUUUAUGGCCAUUUUAAUGAAAUAUGGUACCAAUGUAGUUUUUGGCACAUAGUGACGUAAUUCUAUUUAUUUAUUUUGUUACUGAUUUCAGAUUAUUACCAUACACUUAUGAGUGUAGUGUUCUAUUUGUUCUGUUAUUGCAUAAUUUCUUGAAGAACUUGCAUAUGAUCUUGUUUUAUUUAAAUGCUUAAUCAGUGUUUUUACUUUGCAGUUUAUUUACAAUUUUCCAAGUAUGGAAUCAGUAAUCAUUAACACAUGCUGAUCUCAGUUUAGGACAUUCAUGUGCAUCUGAAAAGGGGCUUGAGACUCAAAACUUUUACCAGACAGCCUGUAUUACAAACGGGAACUGUGGGGUUUGAGCUGAUGGGGCAUGGAGUAUCUUAUAUAAGAUCCAGCUGUCUAUGUUGUCUAACAGCAUUAUGGGAAAUGUGGGAACCAGUGUCUUUUUAAAAUUUGAACUCCUAAAAGUAAGAAUAUCUCGGCCUCUGCUGCUUAAAUUUGUCUCUUGUGGGUCCCAAACUUUAUGGAAGUACAGUCCUAAAUUCUUGGAGGGCCCUUUUAAACUGCGCAUUAUUCUUCUAUUAAUCCUCUACGUAAGUGAUUCAGCUCCCACACAUAAGUGUGUUUUAGAUUUCAGUCCAUUCUGCGCAGAAAUGCCUUCACCAAAGAUAGCUGACUGGGAUAUUAUUAUUGUAAUGUGGAAUGUAUGCAGUAUGUAUUGAUUUUAAUAUGCAGCAUCCACCUUGUAUAAGAGGAGCAUUGAUGUUAGAUGUUUGGUGCUAUUGUUUUUUCCUCUAGCAAACAACUUGGAAAGUAUGGGACUCUUGACAAAGUAUUAUGGAUGAGGAAACACUUGAGACAUCAAGCCACAAAAUGAAGUAUUCAUAUUUAGUGGCUGUUUGGAAACAGAUAUCUGUUGGGCUACAGCUUCAGUUCAUUCACUGUUAAUAGGAAACAACUAAGUGUGCUUUGGCCUCUUAACAGUGUUGUUGAAGUAUCCAUAUCUCAAGUAUGUAAAUGCUACAAUAUUUCCAACUCUAUUAUUAUUUUGUAGUGUUUAUUUUCAGACACUACUGCUCUACGGUGAGUGACAUAGUUAGAUUAAGGAGUCAAUAUAAAGGUGUAGCAAUGAGCAGGUCAGAUGAAAAGAGUUACAGUACUGAAACCUGUCGCCCCAUUUUAUCUCAGUAGUCUAAAUGUUAGCGUAGCAUGAACCACCGCCAUAGACACCAGCACAAAGAGACAGCAGUGCGGUGCUGGCUCCAACAUCCAAGUCUAGACUGAAGUGUUGAGUUGUAGUAUCUGUGUUAAUCAGUGUGAGAUUUGUUUGAAGUGAGCAUGUGCAGUAUGCAACUGUUUGCAGGGUGGUGUGCAUGUUAUUCAUUUAUUGAUUUUAUGUGUUUGCGAGAAAGUGGUCACUCUGCCUGCUUAGAUUUAUGGAAUAAUGCACUUGAUGGAACUUUAUUUUACAUUAAGACAAAGACAAAUACUCUAAGUCUUCAUGUAAAUGUAUUACUUAUUGAAUUCAUUCAGAUUUAAAAAAAAAAAAAAAUUUAGUUAUGAUGUUAUUUAUUGUGUCUCAUGCCUACUGUCAAACCUGCCACAAGCCAAGAUUGGCUAAGCCAUUUUACAUCUCUUCAAGCCCCUGAAAAUGUCAUCUCAGAUUUGUAACAUUAAAUGUUCAUGAUGAAUAAAGCAACAAUUAAUUAAAGUUAAGGGAAAAA